UCUAUUUCGAUCCCACUGCUCCUGGAACCUGAUCCAGUCUCACCCUAGGGACUGGGACAAAAACAAUAACUGAGCUGGUCUGCAGACUAGACUAGGACCUAAGCAGGUCUCCAGACUGGACCAGGACCUGAGCUGGUCUACCGACUUGACCAGGAGCUGAGCUGGUCUCCAGUAGCAGGUCCUCCGGUCCAGCGAUGGCGGACCCCCGCCCCGAGGGGCGCGAGCGGUUCGUGGCCAGGGUCUCCAACGUCUACCUCAGCAUCCUGGCUCUGUUCUGCUUCAAGCUCUUCAUCAAGAUCUCCCUGAACCUGCUCACCUACUUCUACAUCAUCAGGGGCAACCGCGAGGAGGCCGCCCGGAUAUCAGCCCAAUACUACGAGAAGAACUGUUACAAUACCUGGGACGACCGGUCUCCUCUGCACGAUGCAGCCUCUCAGGGUCGCCUUGGGGUCCUAAAGACCCUCCUGUCCCAGGGUCACGAGAUCGACGCCCUCACCAUCCACCAGACGACCCCGCUCCAUGAGGCCUGCCUGGGGGGGCACGGAGCAUGCGCUAGGGCGCUACUCGACGCUGGCGCUAACGUGAACAGCCGAACUUUGGAGGGGAGCACCCCCCUGUUCUACGCCUGUGCGGUGGGCAGUGUGCCGUGUGCAGAGGUCCUGCUGCAGCGGGGGGCCCGGCCCGGGGGACCCCUGCACCUACCCUCCCCGCUCCACGAGGCCUCCAGCAGAGGUCACGCCGGCUGUGUGGAGGUCCUGCUGACCUGGGGGGCUGACGUGGACCAGGUCCUACCCGGCCAGGGAACUGCCCUUUACUCGGCCUGCCUCAGCCAGGAGCUGCUCUGUGUCCAACAGCUCCUCAGAGACGACCGGGAUCUGUUUCCCCCAGGUGCUGACGUCCAGAGGGGGAGGGGCCUGGACUCCCCACUCCACGCCGCGGCCCAGACAGGCCACGCCCCCAUCACCAGGCUGCUGCUGGAGUUUGACGCCAACGUCCAGGCCCUCAACGCGGAGCACCAGAGAGCGGUGGAGCUGGCGCCCCCUGGAGGCUCCACGGAGACCCUGCUGCUGGCCCACGAGGCGACCCCUACCACCCUGAGCCGGAAGUGUCGUCAGGUCGUCCGCUGCAGCGUCGGCCACUCCAGGCUCCACCUCCUGCCGCUCCUCCCCCUCCCCGCCCCGCUCACGCGCUACCUACUCCACCGAUGACGUUCAGUCCAGUUCAACAUGGUCUUCUGUGAUAUAUUAUAGGAUUACAAACGUGUAUAUAAAUUAUGUUUAGCCCUGAACAAAAAUGUAAUUAAUGAAUAAAUAUGAUAUAUGAACUAA